UGCCAUAGAAACAGGUUUAAACAAGUUCUUUGACAAUUCAGGAGGAUUUUAAAGAGAUGUCUAGUAAAGUUGUGGUUUCUAUAUUAAUUUUAUGAUUUAAAACAUGGAGGACUUACCGAAUAUACCUGGCUACGCGUUUCGUGAUCCAAGUAUUACCGAUUAUAGAUUAUUGCAAAAGUUAAAUUUUUUAAACGGUUAUCGUGUGGUGCGUGAUAGUAGAGCUGGUAUUGGAGGAAGGCCAAUAGAUACAGCAUCCACCGCAUACAUAAAAGAUGCAUCUACUGUGCAAUAUGACCCAUCGUUAACAUAUGGCCGUGUAAAAGAAUAUGCAUAUCGUCAGGUCAUUCCAUCCUAUGCAUUAUUCGCGCAAAAAUGCCUUUGCUUCAAAGCGUUUUUUCGCCAGGGAGUAUUUAAUUCUCCGGACGAACAUUUCCGAAUACGUCAUGUGAAUAUCUUAUAUUUUUUGGAGGAUGAUACCGUAAGCGUUAUGGAGCCUCUAGUUGAUAACGCGGGCUUUCAACAAGGAAAGCUCGUUAAACGUGGCAAAAUUGAAAAAAACAAAAGAGGAGACACGCUUCACUGGAAGGAUUUCAAUGUUGGGAUUGACGUAUGCAUUUAUGGUAUAGUUUAUCAUAUUAUCGAUUGCGAUCUAUUUACCAGAGAGUUUUUGAGCAGUCAAGGUAUAGACGUCGGCGACAAAGAAGAAACUCCUAUAGACCCUUACACGUCAUUCCGUGCGUCCAAGCAGAAGACACCGACGCGCGUUACACGGAAUCCGGACGAUUCCAGAAGACGGUUUUUAGAAUACGAUAAAAUGGUAUUAUGCUUCACCGCCACGUGGAACGAAGACGUUUAUCGAAUAAUGUACUUUUUAACGGACGACACAAUAGCCGUGCGAGAAGUUCAAAAACCAAAUUGCGGAAAAGAUCCGGUAGCGAUGCUGUUGAAAAGAAUGAAAGUACCGAAGGAUUGGAAAAAUUUACCGUCAUCUCAUCCGUCUGUAUACCUGGAAUACGGCGAUCCAGAAAUUGUCGAAUAUUAUUCGCCGAAAGAUUUUAUCAUAGGUGAUACAGUUUUUAUAUUCAGUCGACGUUUUCUUCUGCUCGACUGCGACGCAUUCACGCGGAAAUAUUACUUGGACAUGUUAGGAAUAACGCAACCGGAAAGUGUCCCACUUUUGAAGAAGGAACAGAGGCCAACGUUAAAAUACGCACCGCCACCGCACAUCAAAUUCGGUACGCCCGAAGAUACUUACGCUGGCUGUUUGUCCCUUAUGCCUAAACCACCGAGGAAGAACGUUGUUCGACAGCUCGUCAAUUUCCCGAAGAAAUUACGUUACUCUAUGCAAAUGGACGUGGUACAUCCCGAGGACAAGGGUCGUGAUUUCAUCCUAGAGUAUAAUCUAAGCGACGGCACGAUGGUGGUGCAAGAACUUGAGAAACGUAACUCAGGUCGUCGGGAGGGUUGCUUCCUGAAAGCUACAUUGGUCCCGAAACCGAAUACCGGAAGAGACAAUCCAGAAUAUUAUACCCCUAAAGAUUUUUAUGUCGGCGCGAGAAUCAACAUCUUCAAUCAUUAUUUUAUCAUAGUGGGAACCGAUCUUUUCGUGUAUCGUUACAUGGAGGCGAAUCCUGAGAAAUUCUCGCAAGAGGUACGAGAUAACAUUCGCGAUUAUUUCAUUAGACAGAAUUUACUUUGCGACGAUAUAGCGGUUCAAGUGAAUAAAAUCCACGACACGGAGGAAGCGAAAGCUUGUGCCGUAAAACCGGCUGAUUCAACUGUUGAAGGUGAAGCGAACAUGACGAAUUGUUUAAAAGAGUAUGAAGCUCAAGUUGAACAAAAAUACGAAGGAGAAUACGGAGAAUUAAAACCACGUACACCUCCGGUGGAAGAAUUGUGUCCUGGUUUAACGGGCAAUCCACAAGAUCCUAGAAAAUUUUCGAAUAAAUACGUAAAAAAGGAAGUAAGAUGGGAUAACCGGAUAAAACAAUAAAAAAAGGUCUCUAAUUUACGAUUGGCAAUCACAUUAAACGAUUAUUCUUUCAAUAAAAUUUUCGAACGAAUGAUAAUUUUGGUUAUAAUUCUAAAUACAUUUUUUAAAGAAAUAAAUUAAUAAAAAUAAAGUGUUUCGAUGCUAUUUUGAAACAUGUGUAACACCCACAUUGAAUGCGAUUAUCAUUCACUAUGUUUGUUAUCUUAAUUAUAGGAUUACCAAUCGAAGUUGUAAUUGAAUAAUUCGUAUUCUCCGAAAAAAAGCAUUUCCUGCACAUGUGAAAUCUUUUAAUAGUUAAAUUCGAAUAUUAAAUUCGUAGUUUGAUUCAACAUUUAAUCAAACAUGAUUAUACAAUGUAAAUACUAAACAAUGUAGAUACAUUACGAGUAUACUAUUCGUAUGUCUGCAUAUUAUAAUACAAUGAUAAUAUACAGAUAUGCAGUAUGUAUACUUAUAGUAUAUGUUAUAUCAAUCAUAAAAUAAAGUUCAGAUAAAUCUUUGGGUUCCAAACAUUUUUUAACAAAACUUUAAAAUAUGAUUGAAGAAGAUAUUAAUUACUUUCUUUAACUGAAUAAUAGUUUCGUGUAGAAUAAUAAUUAGCAAGUUACUUAACAAAGUUUCAAAAACUUUGAUUGACUAAAACAUAGAAAUUUAAUAGAGCUUACAUGAUCGCCUAUUCUACUCAGACAAUGCUAAAUGUUCACUUCCCGAACAGUUGAAUUUAUCUUAAACUACAAAUGAGAUGUAGCGAUUUAAAAACAUUAGCUAUCAAUUUUUAACGUUGAUAUAUUACUUUAGUAAGUGUGUUCGUUCACUUUGCAAUAUUGACAACAUAGAAUCAAGGAAAGGAACUUCGACUGCACAUGAUUUAGGUAUUUUUUCCUGUUAUCCUUUACCCGCGUAUGCAGAGAAGUAACUAUCAUAAUUAACAUGCCUUGAUUAAAAAAUGUUGCACCACAUUGCAUUCAAUUAAUUCAUUAGCUUUUGUACAAUUUUUUUUCGAUAAAUUCAAAAUCACACCCUAGUUCAUUAGUAUUUUAUAUGAUAUCUGAUAAAUUUCUAAGAGAUUGCUGAUUCAUAAUAAAGUAUAAUUUCAUUCUUUUGUAUGAAACUUAACAAACCAUUGAUGCUUCAUCAUUUGCUUUGUGGUUUUCUAGAAAUUAAUUUCUGCAUAUAAUUAUACGUACGUAUAAUUACUAAAAAAGUAAUCAAAUCUAUGAUAAAAUCUAUUUUUCCAUGUUUUAGUUGGCUAAAUUCACAUUAGAUAAGCAGUUCUUGUUUUAUAUUAAUAUUCAAUUUCCUACGUAUAAUUCCGUAAAAAUUCUUUAAAUUUAGUGAUAUUUCUCAAAGGAUAUUUUUUUCUUAAAAAAAGACUUCGAACAAUUAUCUGUUCAAGAAUUUAUGAAACUAUGGAUAAGUUUCUCUUACGAUAAAAACAAUUUAGAUUUGUAACGUCA